UACAAAAAGGCCACCCACAAUCUCCCCCAUUGUUCACUGGCAUCAUUGUUGGUCUGACCUCCCAGCUGCUCAGCCAUGGCGCCCAAGAAAGCCAAGAAGAGAACAGCAGAGGGAGCCAACUCCAAUGUCUUCUCCAUGUUUGAGCAGGCCCAGAUCCAGGAGUUCAAAGAGGCCUUCACUAUCAUGGACCAGAACAGAGACGGCUUCAUCGACAAGAACGACCUGAGGGACACUUUUGCUGCUCUAGGACGUCUGAAUGUGAAACAGGAGGAGAUCGACGAGAUGCUCAAAGAGGCCCCCGGCCCCAUCAACUUCACCGUCUUCCUCACCAUGUUUGGCGAGAAGCUGAAAGGUGCUGAUCCAGAGGAGACCAUCCUCAACGCUUUUAAAGUCUUUGACCCUGAGGGGAAAGGUGUGCUGAGAAAGGACUACGUGACACAGAUGCUGACGACACAAGCCGACCGGUUCUCCGCUGAAGAGAUGGAGCAGAUGUUCACUGCCUUCCCUCCAGAUGUGGCAGGAAACCUGGACUACAAGAACCUGGUUCAUAUCAUUACUCACGGCGAGGAGAAGGACCAGGAGUGAACUUUUCUUCUUCUUCUUCUUCUUCUUCUUUUUUUCUUGUCUGUGUUAAAUGUAUCGUUAGUUCUCUUUCCACGUUCACGACCCAUAAAGUGACCCCUCUCUACAGCACAGUAACUACACUACAGUUGGUUUCCUAAGCCCCAGAAAUGGACAGAAAUUGUAUUCCCACGUUCACCUGUUACUGAUUAAAUUAUUUUUCCCUUUUUCGUUUUGUACACUGCAAACCACUUUGCUGUUAGGUCUGUGCAUGUCGCUCUAAUAAACGUUUUUCGAAGACA